UUUCCCGGCGGGCAGAGCGCCGAAGACGGCGGCGCGGUGCCUUUGUGGAAGCAGUGGCCCGCUGGGAGGAAGUUCCGGUCUCCGAGGCGCUGGGUCGGUGGCGGUGGCUGAGGAGAAGGAGGAGCGGGCCGCGGCGGCUGCGCUGCCUCGGUACCGCUCUAAAGUUUGUACAAAAAGCAUCUACUUAUUGAGGCCCUCUUGACUUAGAAAGAGAUGUGGGGGGAUUCUCGGUCUGGUAACAGAACAGGACCUUUUCGUGGGAGCCAAGAAGAGAGGUUUGCUCCCGGGUGGAACAGGGAUUAUCCUCCUCCUCCCCUUAAGAGUCAUGCUCAAGAGAGACACUCUGGCAACUUUCCUGGCAGAGAUUCACUUCCCUUUGAUUUCCAGGGGCAUUCGGGGCCUCCUUUUGCAAAUGUAGAGGAGCAUUCUUUCAGCUAUGGAGCUAGAGAUGGACCGCAUGGCGACUAUCGAGGAGGGGAGGGACCAGGACAUGAUUUCAGCGGGGGACAUUUUUCAUCUACUGAUUUCCAGAGCAGAGAUUCUUCACAGUUGGACUUCAGGGGUAGGGACAUACAUUCUGGGGAUUUUCGGGAUAGAGAAGGACCACCUAUGGACUAUAGGGGAGAGGAUGGUACUUCUAUGGAUUUUAGAGGAAGGGAGACACCUCAUAUGAACUACAGGGACAGGGAUACUCACACUGUUGACUUCACAGGUAGAGAUCCUCCAUCUGACUUUAGGGGCCAGGGCACUUACGAUUUAGAUUUUAGAGGCCAGGAUGGAUCCCAUGCAGAUUUUAGAGGAAGAGAUUUAUCAGAUUUGGAUUUCAGGACCAGAGAUCAGUCCCGUUCUGAUUUUAGGAAUAGAGAUGUAUCGGAUUUGGACUUUAGGGAUAAAGACGGAACACAGGUGGACUUCAGAGCCCGAGGUUCAGGAACUACUGAUCUAGACUUUAGGGACAGGGAUACACCACAUUCAGACUUCAGAGGUAGACACCGGUCCAGGACUGAUCAGGAUUUUAGGGGCAGAGAUAUGGGACCUUGUGUGGAAUUUAAAGACAGGGAGAUGCCUCCUGUGGAUCCAAAACUUUUGGAUUACCUUCAGCCCUCUACACAAGAUAGAGAACAUUCUUGUAUGAACGUGAACAAGAGAGAAGAAUCCAAAUAUGACCAUACUGCAGAAAGACCUAGUUUUGGCAUUCAGAAGGGAGAAUUUGAGCAUUCAGAAACAAGAGAAGGAGAAACACAAGGUGUUGCCUUUGAACAUGAGCUUCCAUCAGAUUUUCAAAAGAGCCAAAGUCCAAUUCAAGACCAAGACAAGUCACAGCUUUCUGGAGCUGAGCAACAGAGUUCAGAUGCUGGCCUGUUUAAACAAAAGGGUGACCUGGACUUUCUUGGCCAACAAGACACGGAUUAUAGAAGCAUGGAGUAUCGUGAUGUGGAUCACAGGUUGCCUGGAAGCCAGAUCUUUGGCUAUGGGCAGAACAAGACUUUUCUGGAAGGCAAAACUGCCCGAGACGCCCAACGGGACCUUCAGGAUCAAGAUUAUAGGACUGGCCCAAGUGAGGAGAAACCUAGCAGGCUUAUUCGUUUAAGUGGGGUGCCUGAAAAUGCCACAAAAGAAGAGAUUCUUAAUGCCUUUCGGACUGCCAAUGGAAUGCCUGUAAGGGAGUUGCAGUUGAAGGAGUAUAACACAGGAAAAUCCGUGGGUUGCGACGCUGGAGGAAAACUGGCAAUGUUGGAUUUACCUAUAUUGAGAGAUGGUUACGACUAUGGCUAUGUCUGCGUGGAGUUUUCACUCUUGGAAGAUGCCAUCGGAUGCAUGGAGGCCAACCAGGGAACUGUAAUGAUCCAUGACAAAGAAAUCACUCUCGAGUAUGUACCAAACUUGGAUUUUUGGUACUGCAAAAGAUGUAAGGCUAGCACUGGUGGGCAUCGAUCUUCAUGUUCAUUCUGCAAGUGUCCAAAGGAAGAGGCCAAGCAAGAAUUAAUAACCUACCCUCAGCCUCAGAAAACAUCAAUACCAGCAUCUUUGGAAAAACAACCCAGCCAGUCCUCAAGGCCAGCUGAAAAAGAAUCUGAAUCUAGAAAACAGGAAGAAGGACAAGAACCACGCUUGGGACAUCAAAAGAAAGAAGCAGAAAGAUAUCUGCCUCAUUCUCGAAGGGAAGGGCUUGCUUUCCGAAGAGACCGAGAGAAGGAGUCAUGGUCUGGAGAGAUGCGCCAGGAUGGAGAGAGCAAAACAAUCAUGCUAAAACGCAUUUAUCGUUCCACUCCACCUGAGGUGAUAGUGGAAGUGCUGGAGCCCUAUGUCCACCUUACUACUGCCAAUGUUCGUAUCAUCAAGAACAGAACUGGCCCCAUGGGCCACACCUAUGGCUUUAUAGACCUUGACUCCCAUGCGGAAGCUCUUCGUGUAGUGAAGAUUUUGCAGAACCUUGAUCCACCGUUUAGCAUUGAUGGGAAGAUGGUAGCCGUAAACCUGGCCACUGGAAAACGAAGAAAUGAUUCUGGAGACCAUUCUGACCAUAUGCAUUACUACCAGGGUAAAAAAUAUUUCCGAGAUAGAAGAGGAGGUGGCAGAAAUUCAGACUGGUCUUCUGACACAAAUCGACAAGGACAACAGUCAUCAUCUGACUGCUACAUAUAUGAUUCUGCUACUGGCUACUAUUAUGACCCCUUGGCAGGAACUUACUAUGACCCCAACACUCAGCAAGAAGUCUAUGUACCCCAGGACCCUGGGUCACCUGAGGAAGAAGAGAUCAAGGAAAAGAAACCUACCAGUCAGGGAAAGUCAAGUAGCAAAAAAGAAAUGCCUAAGAGAGAUAGCAAGGAGAAAAAAGAUAGAGCAGUGACAAAGUUUCAGGAAGUUGCCAGUGAGGGGACGAGCCCCCCGGAGGAUGUCUUUAAGAAGCCCCUGCCUCCUACUGUGAAGAAGGAAGAGAGUCCUCCUCCUCCGAAGGUGGUAAACCCACUGAUUGGCCUCCUGGGUGAAUAUGGAGGAGACAGUGACUAUGAAGAAGAGGAGGAGGAGCAGACUGCUCCACUACAGCCCCGCACAACCCAGCCCCAGCAGCGGGAGGAGCUGACUAAGAAGGAGAAUGAAGAAGACAAACUCACUGACUGGAAUAAACUGGCUUGUCUGCUCUGCAGAAGGCAGUUUCCCAACAAAGAAGUUCUAAUCAAACACCAACAACUAUCAGACCUGCACAAGCAAAACCUGGAAAUCCACCGGAAGAUAAAACAGUCUGAGCAGGAGCUAGCCUAUCUGGAGAGGAGAGAACGAGAGGGAAGGUUUAAAGAAAGAGGAAAUGAUCGCAAGGAAAAGCUCCAAUCUUUUGACUGUCCGGAAAGGAAACGCAUUAAAUACUCCAGGGAAACUGACAGUGAUCGUAAGCCUGUUGAUAAAGAAGACAUCAACACUAGCAGCAAAGGAGGCUGUGUCCAGCAGCCCACUGGCUGGAGAAAAGGGGCAGGCUUGGGAUUUGGCCAUCCUGGAUUGGGUUCAUCAGAGGAGACUGAAGGCCGGAUGAGGGGGCCUGGUGUUGGACUCCCGGGAAGAACCAGCAAGAGACAGUCCAAUGAGACUUACCGAGACGCUGUUCGAAGAGUCAUGUUUGCUCGGUAUAAAGAACUUGAUUAAGAAUGGAGACAAGUCCCAUAGGACACAACCUCCUCUUUGUUUUGUUUGUCCGUCUCUCCUUUUGUUUUGUUACUGUUCUUGCUGCUAGAACUUUUUUAAAUAAACUUUUUUCAAUGUGA